GCCGCGUUGUGACGGCGCCAUGGCGCGCGUCCUCAUCUUGCCUGGAAACGGAUGCACCCCCGUCGAAGACUGCAACUGGUAUUCCUGGCUGGCGAAAGAGCUCCGAAAGCGCGGAUGCGAGGUAGUGUUAACCACUAUGCCUGACCCGUACACUGCCCGCGAGUGCAUUUGGCUUCCGUUCAUACGCGACGUCAUGAAGUGUGACCGCAACACUGUUGUGGUUGGUCACAGCUCGGGGGCACAAGCUGCAAUGCGACUUGCCGAAUCGACGGAAUUUUGCGGUUUGCUUCUCGUAUCAGCGUGCGUGACGGAUCUAGGCGAUGCCAAUGAGCGGGAAUCGGGGUACUACAACCGCCCGUGGCAAUAUGACAAAAUGAAGGCAAAUGUACAGUGGAUCGUUCAGUUUGGUUCGCCAGAUGACCGGUUCAUUCCCGCGAACGAGCAAAAGGAAGUGGCGGAAGGAGUGAGCUCUGAAUUCCAUUUCCUGGCUGGCAAAGACCACUACAUGACGGAGGAAGAGGACUUGAUCUUGGAGGUGCUCGUCGAGAAGUUGCGGCUCUGA